AUGAGCUUUCGCAACCGUCGCAACAAGAAGACCCAGCCCAGAGUACUGUUCCGACAUCAAAUCAAGGCCAUGGCUGCAGCUGCAGAGUCACUCCCCGUGCGAAGCGGCAGCAGCAAGUCUUACCACCACGCCGCCAGCAGCGAACCACCCGCGAUCCUGGGGCUCUUCACCUCGCUGCCGCCCAUUGUCGACGCGCUCGAGACGGAGUCGUCCCGGCUGCAGCGGGAGACCAUUGACGAAUGCUUGCCCUUCCUACGCGGCGACGACGACAGUGAGGGGGUUCUCCAUGCGGGCAGCAGCAGCAGCAAGAGACGCAACAACCGGCACGGCGUCCCCCGCCUGGACAGGCAGCGCCACGUCAAGUUUCUGCACAAGCAGCUUGGCAGGCUCCCGCCGCAGAUGACGGCCGCCGAUCCCAGCCGGCCGUGGUUCUUCUACUGGUCGCUCGCGGCGCUGACACUGCUGAGCGAGGGGGAGGACGACGACGUGGGCGCCGUGUACCGUGGGCGGCUGGUCGAGACCGUCCGCCCCCUCCAGAACGCCGGUGGCGGCUUUGGGGGGGGCUUCGGCCAGGAUUCACACCUCGCGACGACCUAUGCCACCGUGCUGGCCCUCAUGCUCGUGGGUGGAGAAGCGGCGUACGAAGUGAUUGACAGGCAUGCAAUGUGGAAGUGGCUCUGCUCACUGAAGCAGGCUGACGGCGGCUUCCAGAUGGUAGUGGGAGGCGAGGAGGACGUGCGAGGUGCAUACUGCGCAUCAGUUCUCAUUUCCGUGCUCGGGAUCCCCCUCGAGUUGUCACCCGACUCACCUGCAUGCGCAGCCGGCCAUAAAGACCUCUUCAGCGGUCUCGCAGAGUGGGUAGGUAGAUGCCAGACAUACGAGGGAGGCGUGGCUGCAAUGCCGGGUAUCGAGGCACAUGGGGCGUACGCCUUUUGUGCCCUCGGGUGUCUGUCCAUCCUGGACGCUCCGCAUCGUUCCAUACCGAAGUACAUGGACGUGCCGCGACUCAUUGCGUGGCUGUCUUCACGCCAGUACGCCCCGGAAGGUGGUUUUUCAGGUCGCACAAACAAACUCGUGGAUGGUUGCUACAGCCACUGGGUUGGGGGAUGCUGGCCACUCAUCCAGGCCGCCCUGAGCGGGCCGAGCAGUGGCGACGCCAGAUCCGCCGACCAGCAGGCCGCAGAUACCGGCAGCCUCUUCAGUCGUAAUGGACUGAUAAGUUCAGCGCAACACAAGUGGACGUUGCGCGCAGCACGACCGGCUGGUUCUGUUGGCGGCGCUGACGAGUGGGAAGCUCUGCCCUACGUUGAGGAUGAGCAGAUCUUCGAUGAAAAUGACCGAAUCAUGACCACGCAUCCCAUAUACGUGAUACCUCAGCACAAAAUCGAAGCCGCCUGGGAGUACUAUGCGUCCAAGACGAGUUGCUGA